CUUUAUUGACAGUCCAUUGGAGCACAGGCUUGUCCUUCACUGUGGUAGCGCUGUUUCUCUGCAGCGGAGUGCUUCAUUUUUAAUAACAAUAGCACGUGAUAAAUAGACGAGGGGGGAGCUGUAGACAAUGGCGGCAAAGAUAUUGCCCGUGGUGAAACUUGCCACGAAGGUGACCAUCGCAGGAGGAGCUCUCUACGUUGCUUGUGACUCUGGUCUGUUGGGAAGCAGUGAGCAGGGCUCAGAGGCCCUCCAGAAGGCGAAAGCAGCGAUACCGCCUGCCAUAGAGGAGUGGAUGAAGUACUUUGGACUGGAGACUCAGCUUCCAGCUAUGCCAGAGAUUGAAUUCUCCCCUCUUCAGUCAUGGAACUCUGGAGUCCGGUGGACAAUUUCAACUCUUUCAGAAGCUCCAACAAAAGCAACUGACUACACAAGCCAAGGCUUGCAAUACCUAAAGGACCUCACCAAGUGAACAGGAACUCUCAGGAGGACUUGAAAAUUUCAAUGCAUUUGACUGUUGCACUUCAGAAUGACGUCACUUCUUCAAAAGCUUAAAGGCCAUUUUACACCAGCUGUGGAACGUUCCGGAACGGAUCCACAGCGGAAAAAUGACGUCACGCAGCAGUAGCUCCAGGCAUAGCUAUAUGGUCAUAGAUAUGAACAAGUCUACAAACAGCCCCUAUUGUAAUAAAUGACGGUACUUCCACUGGAUAGGAAUUUUACUUGAGGUUUGACGCACCCCGCAGCUGCAACAGAGUCACAAGUGAUUCAACAGCGAGCCUGUUUUCUCCUCAUAUGACAGCCAACACAACAGGGAUUCUCCAAAAGAUGGCAGACUCGUAAAUCCACAAAUGAUCGGAUGACUGGAUGGUGGUCCUCUAAAAUAAAAAUUCCCCCUUGCACCCUGCAACGCAUAUACAUCUGGUGGGGAUGACAAACCUCCACUGCGGAGCUCCAGAUCCAUUCGGAUACAGCCGGGCUAAUUCUUGUCCAUGUUUCUGUUUGCUGCUGUGUGACGUAAUGUUUCGCUGCUCAUCGGUACCGAAUAUUUUCCGGGUCCAGUGUAAGAUGGUCUUUAGUCUCGCACACGAAAGAGGAGAUCUCUAACCCGAACAACAUCUUCUAACAAAAGAAAUUAAAUCAUACAAUUCAGCUGUGGUGCGUCUUGUGUACGAGCCUCAGGAGCAGCUUGUUUAGUUUAUAAAUAAGAAAGAAAAGCGGUGUGUGACACACAUCAGCUUCCCUCUGCUUCAUUGUUCUCAGUGUCCGUAGUAACAAGAAAUAUGUAGCAGUGCUGCAACUUUGUUGGGAAUGUACAUUUAAAAAAAAAAUGGUUAUAUUGUCCGUAAACCAAAUGAAUUCUAUGAAAACAAAGUGUACAUUAAUUGCUAGAAAACUUGCCAAACCAAGCUAAAUUCUUAAGUUAUCUUAAAAUAUAGCAAUUUCCAACAAAAACAUAAGGAAUAUUUUGAUUUUUUGUACUUUCUUCAAGUUAGGAAGAGAGUUGGCAGUAACAUCUUUAAAGCUCUGCCCAUAGAAACGAGAGAGCAGUUUAAACCUUAUCUGAGCUGUUUUUGUGAAAUGACAAUGUUUUGCACAUUGGAAAAAAAUGGAACUAUUACACAAUUUAGAGUGAGACUGGGAUGAAUUUUCUCCAACCUGUCUUGUUUCUGUUUUAUCUACACCACAAUAAAAAAGUAAACUAUUAGCCUUUUUUGUUUUUUCUUAUGAUCUUAGAAAUGCAUUUUGUAACAUCUUGCUGUUUUUCCACUGUAGAUUAGUUACAUUUUAUGCCAAUAUUGUCAUCUGGGACUUUUAUACAC